AUGAUCUUUCGGGAGGCUCUCCAGCGGCACGAGCUAUUGCCAGCGCUGUUCCAAGCACUGACGGAGCUGGCUGCGGCGUGCGGGGAGCGACCGGGCGGCGCCGCGCCGCGCUGUCUUGCCGCCGCUGCCGCGCUGUACCGCGCCGCGCCGCAAGCUUCAGCAGACGUACUGCCACAUUUGUUGUUGGCGUUACACUCAGCCGUACAGAAAUACGGACAGGACAAGCGACGCCGGACAACAGAACAAAACGAUGAAACAGCACAGAUUUCAUCGUUAUUACUACAGGUAUUAGGUACCGGCCUACCUUUGGCGAGAGAACAGCCUGAAGUGUAUAAAGAGUUCUGGGAGACGUUACCUAAGGUCUUGGAGACCUUUUUGUUCGAACCACCCGUGGGCGGCGGUCGGCUGGCGCGUCAGCUGGUGGUGGCCGUGCGCGAGCAGGCGCUGCGGGCGCGCCCGCGCCUGCCCGCACACCACCUGCGCGCGCUGCUGGCGCUCGUGCGCGCCGGCUCCUUGCACACGCAGCCGCCGCAGCCAAUACAAAACGAGCAAGAGUUGAAAGAGAGAGAAGAAUUCGCGCGAACGUGCUUCGAGACUCUUCUUCAGUUCUCCAUGCUAGAAGAUAUAGACUCCUUCGCCGGAGUAGACGAUGACACAGACCCCCUAGCAAUUGUAGCCCUUUUGGACAGAUUUCAGGAAGUCAUAUCCAAAUACACACAAGACGACGACAACCCUGAACCAUUACCUAGACAUCAGCUAUCAGAAAUCUCAUUCGUCUUGAAAGCGGUAGCAACGCUCACGGAAUCAAUGAAAAAGGCACCUCCAGGGAAGGUCGACGCCGUUGCGUGGCAGAAAUUAAUAGGCGUGUACCCGCUGCUGGUGGGCGUGGCGGGCAGCGCGCGCGCGGGUGGGUGCGCGGGCGCGCUGCGCGAGGCGCUGCUGCAGUUCGGCGCGCUGCUGGCCGCGCCGCCCUAG